GUGCAUCUUUUUGACACGCCGCUGCGCCACAGCUUAAUACGACCAGGCAGUGCAGAUUGCAAACAGCAGAGGGCUGAGGAGCGGGAACCGUCCUGCUUCAGAAGGAAGCGCCCUAGGUUUGUAGCGCUAUCUUGAGAGGAAAGACCUAAGGAAAGAGCGAGGCGCCAAGGGGGAAUUGUUAUGGGAGAAGAGCCUUGGGGGCAGGGGGGAGCGAAGGAAGGAAAGAAAGAGAGCGUCUUUCCACCAGAGUUUGGCUUGACAAGCCGCCCCUUUCCUCGAGGACAGUCGUCGGGCGCAACGCACGAAACCCACUCCGCAGCUCAGGGGGGGAAAACCUGUAGUACAAUAAAAGGCGGGAUAAACGGAGGCGCGCUCCGGACGCUCGGCUCUUGAGGGGAAUGGUGUGAAGCGUAGAGACAAGAAAGGAGCUCCUUGGAGGGGGAACACGGAGGAGAAGGGGGGGGAAACAACCGCCUCGGAGUCGGUCGGGACGGCGGCGCUGGGCUGCACGUGGCGAAAGAAGAAGGUGGCUGGGUGGGGCGAAGCCGUCUGCCCGCCUCAGGCGUCCGAAGGGACUUUGGCUGGGCGCGGAGGGCGGCGGCCAUCCCGUCCGCGUUGGUGCGGUGAGCCGAGCUAGCUGAGGCAAAGUGGCCUCAGGUCGCCGUCGACAGCUGCCGCCGCCGCAGCAGCAACAGCCGUCAUGGCCUUGAAGGACAGCGGCGGCCCCGGCAGCGGCGGCGGCUCCACCGCCACUAUCCUGCCCAUUAGCGACAUGGUGUCUUCGUGUGCUUCGCCGGCGGCAUCAUCGGCGGGGGGCUGCGCUUUCCCAGAGGUGGUGGAGCUGAACGUGGGCGGGCAGGUGUACGUGACCAAACACUCCACGCUGCUGAGCGUCCCGGACAGUACCUUGGCGCACAUGUUCUCGCCCCGCCGGAGCGCCCCGCGGGAGCUGCCACGGGACAGCCGGGCGCGCUUUUUUAUCGACCGCGACGGCUUCCUCUUCAGGUACGUGCUGGAUUACCUGCGGGACAAGCAGCUGGCUUUGCCCGAGCACUUUCCGGAGAAGGAACGCCUGCUGCGCGAGGCCGAAUACUUCCAGCUGGCCGAGCUGGUCAAGCUGCUGUCGCCCAAGGUCACCAAGCAGAGCUCGCUCAAUGACGAAGGCUGCCAGAGCGAUCUGGAGGACGGCAACUCGCCGGGCAACGGAGAGCUCCUUCUCCCUCAGCAGCAGCGCGCCGGCGAAAAGCGCGCCGGCUUCAUCACCGUCGGCUACCGGGGCUCCUACACCACCGUGCGGGAUAACCAGACCGACGCCAAGUUCCGCCGGGUGGCCAGGAUCAUGGUGUGCGGCAGGAUCGCCCUGGCUAAGGAGAUCUUCGGGGACACCCUCAACGAGAGCCGAGACCCGGAUCGCCCGCCGGAGAAGUACACGUCCCGCUUCUACCUGAAGUUCACUUACCUGGAGCAGGCCUUCGACCGCCUGUCCGAAGCCGGCUUCCACAUGGUGGCUUGCAAUUCCACCGGUACGGCAGCCUUCAUUAACCAGUACAGGGAGGACAAGAUCUGGAGCAGUUACACCGAGUACAUCUUCUACAGACCUCCUCAGAGAACCAUAUCUCCCAAACAUGAACAUGAAGAGGGGAAGCAUGAAAAAAUUGCUGAUAAAGGAAGCGAGAGUGGAACAUCCUGCAAUGAGUUGUCAACUUCUAGUUGUGACAGCCACUCAGAAGCCAGCACCCCUCAAGAAAGCGCUUCUGGCACUCAGCAGCCUGCAGGGCAUCUGCCAAAUACUCUAACAUUGGAUCGGCCAUCCAAGAAGGCCCCAGUGCAGUGGAUGCCACCCCCAGACAAGCGCAGGAACAGUGAACUUUUUCAAACUCUCAUUAGCAAGUCAAGAGAAACAAACCUCUCCAAAAGGAAAGUGUGUGAGAAGCUAAGUGCUGAGGAAGAGAUGAAAAAAUGUAUUCAGGAUUUUAAAAAAAUCCAUAUUCCGGAUUAUUUUCCUGAACGGAAACGCCCAUGGCAAUCUGAACUCUUACAAAAAUAUGGGCUAUAGUUUUUCAAUAUUUCUUGACAUGUCGGUGAUGCAUUAGAUGUUUAAUAUGUUGCCAGUUUCUACUGAUGUACUUCUUUCUGGUCUACUCUUUGGAGUGAUUCCUGCUGCUUCUUUCUUUCUUUCUGUGAACUGGAUGUUGGAUAGGACAUGGGUUGACUCCUGCCCCUCCCUUUCUUUUUUUAACAGGACAAAUAAAAUCAAACUGAAAUAUUAUGGAUUCUUUUAUAAUAGUUAAAAUGUGCAUGACCAAGUCAUCAUGAUUUUCAGACUUGUCACUGGUAAAACAAAUAUAUCAUCAGAUCAUUCUUCGUUCUAAGGCCACAUAAUAGCAGUGAUACAAAUUUCUUUGGAAGAAUCAAAAUGGGGCUUAUGAUAACAGAAUUAAAUGCAAAAACUUUGAACAAUGUUAAUGCAAUAAAGCAAAUGCCUAUUUUGCAUGAGCAUAAUAGUGACAAGUAGAUCACAUGAGAAUAAGAGGUUUGUCUGCUGCUUGGAUAAAUAUUUUGUUCAAUACCAAGGCUAUAAAUGUAAAAUGACUUUGGAAUUGAACCUUGUGAGGAUUUGUGUGUGGCUGUGUGUUCGUUUUGUAAGGAUGGUGUAAAUAUGCCUUAUAAUGUUAUGGUUGCACCAACAUUAAUCUGUUAAUGUUUGCCAGGACUGUUCCAGUGAAAUGCAAAACUAUUAGCAGAUUGUGAAAAUUGGUUUGGCGAUCCAUAUUUUUUCUGUUUUCAUGUUAGUUAACAAAAGUGGAAAAAUAAAAAUAAUAAAAAGACCUUAAUGUAUUUGUUAAAAUGGGUCUACUAUUAGGUGUUCUUUUAUUAUUCUUCUGUUAUUAGUCUCAGCAUGCAUCUUCGGGUAUGUUUUACCAGGAGUUUUUGCAGUGUUCUCAUUAUAUCACCCAAUUGCAAGUAGUGUGUUUCAGUAAAAAAAAUGAAUAAUGUUUGGGGUGUGAGUUUUAAUUAAAAUGUUCAAUAGAGAUUUAGUAUGAUGGAAAAGAACAGUGCUAUUGUUUGCUCUUCAGUACAGUAGCAAUAACAUUUAAACCAAAAGUACAUGAAGAGCAUUUUACUUGACAAAAGAAAUAAUCUUCUGAUGGGAAUUUACCAUUACAAUGCUAAAUUUAAGUUGCCAUUUAUCAAAAGUA